GCGGUAAUGCAUCUGUAAGCUAGUUUGCCAACCGCCAAUAAACCCUAAAAGAAGAGAAGUGUGCGCGUGUUUGUUUGAGGAAGUGAAACGGUUUCACCAUAAUGUGAGUCGUUGCCAUUAACAGGGAACUUUGAGUGAAAAUGAAACGGAGUGUUUAACCUCCAUCAGAUCGAGCUGCAGUGAGAAUGGACGGACCGAACCGUCUGAUUCACGAUGACUGUCUGGAGUGUUGGACUCUGAUCGGAUCCGGCGGGUUCGGACAGAUCUACCGAGCAAAACACACGAAAUUGGGAACGGAUGUGGCGAUUAAGUUACUGCUUGAUAAUGACGGCAGGUCAACGUCAUCUCUUCAGAGAGAAGCUAAUCUGAUGUUCCAGGGUGGAAAUCCAAACGUCCUGUGGAUCUACGGCUUGUACGAGGGGUGUCGGGGCGAUGCGCGUAACCCGUCUCAGGUGGGUCUGGUGAUGGAGUUCAUGUCAAGGGGCUCUCUGGCUGAUCUGCUUCAGAUGUUGGGUGGACCCCCACCGUGGCCUUUGACCUUCCGCAUCACUCAUCAGAUUGGUCUGGGAAUGAACUUCCUACAUCAGCUGGACCCUCCCCUUUUACACCUGGAUCUAAAGCCCAGUAACGUGCUGCUGGAUGACAGCCUCAAUGCCAAGCUUACAGAUUUCGGCCUGUCGAGAAUCGCUCGAAGUCUUUCUAAAAGUUUCCGAGAGAAAGAUGAAGUGGAGGGAGGAACUUUGAGCUACAUGCCGCCUGAAGCGCUGGAAUCUGUGAAUUACAAACCAAACAAAGCCUCUGAUAUUUACAGUUAUGGUGUGUUGUUGUGGUCCAUCAUCACUGGAGAGGAGCCAUAUGCUGAUGCUCACUCGAGUAUGGUGCGCUUUCGUAUCCCUCUGGGUGACAGGCCUGAUCUGACAUUAAUCGAUCACAGCAAGGCAGAAGGGCUGGAUGAUAUAGUUCAACUCAUGACGGCAUGCUGGACUCAAAAACCCAACCAGAGACCAUCAUUCAGAGAUUGCGUUCAUGUGACUGAAAAGGUCUUCGACAUGCACAAACGUGGAGUGAAUGUUGCGGUUCAUGACGUUCUCAAACAACUGGAUACAGUUGAUAAUCCAAACACACAAGGCAGAAAAAAAGUAGUACAUCCUCAGGUUUUGCCCUGUGUCACUGGUCCUCCACCUGAACAGGAUACAGUUGAUAAUUCAAACACACAAGGCAUAAAAAAAGGUGAUUACCAUCAGAUGACCUCCACAGUGGGUGGAAGCAGAGAAACUCAAAGCUCUAGUGCUGUAGGGAACAGAACUGUAAGUGAAAUUCUCCUUGAGCACUUGGAUGAACUGGAAUCUCAGGAGAUGAAAACUUUUACAUGGCAUUUGACUAAAGGUGUAGAAGACUUCAAAAUCGCUAAAGGUCGACUGGAGAAGAAAUCAAGAUGUGAAGUUGUGGAGUGCAUGAUUGAUUAUUAUCGUACAGAUGGUGCCGCUCAACUCACUCUGAUCAUCUUGGAAAAAAUGAAGAUGAACUAUCUGGCAAAACAAUUGCAGGAGAAGCUUCAGGUGAAAGAUAGAUGCAGCCAUCCGAGCUCAAGUGGAGGAGGUAAAACACAAAGUGAUCUACUGUUAGAUUACCUGGAACAGCUGAGAGCAGCAGAAGUAAAAGGAUUUAAAUGGUUUCUCAGUCAGAAGGGGAAUGACUUUCCACCAGUCCCAAGAGGUAAACUGGAGAAUAAAUCAUUAGAGGAGCUGGUGAGCAUCAUGAUUGAACAGUACGGCUCUUUUGAAGCAGGAUCAGUCAUGAUAUGGAUUCUGAAGAAAAUGAAUAUGAAUGAACUUGCAAUGAAUCUAGAGAAGCAACUUGUGUAAAAAAAAAAAUAAUAAAAAAAAAAAAGGUGGCCAUUACAAAGCUCUGACCUGAAUGAACAUUCAGUGAACUGAACUGAAAAAGCGAGUCUGAGCAGUUCUGUCAGGAGGAAUGGGUAAAUUCUCCAGUAAAGUAUUAUGAGAAAGUUUGUGGAAUGUUAAGCAUUUAAAAGGCAGUGCCACUGAAAACUACCCAAGUGUAUGAAAACUUGAGCCACAGAAAAUCUGAUAUAAUUAAUAAAAGCUGACUGCUUAUGGAAAUAAAUUAGAUGCACUAGUUGACCUAACACUGGAAAUGUAUUGUAACAUAAAAUGUGUGGCACUGUGAAAAAUUGUCUUAUGUGAAUGUCUUUUACCCUCAACUGAUUUUAUCAAAUUAAACAACAUUUAAACAUACACAUAA